GCAAGACCGAUGGAACAUGCUCGUGGUACCAUCAUGGUCACAUCACUGGCGACAUUCCGCUCCGACCUCAAUAUCGUUCAAAUCCCUGGAGGCGUAUACGCAUCCGCGAAACAAGAUCUUGCUGUGAAUAUUGAUUUAUCAAGAUUAGGUUGCAGCGGUAGAAGAGCAUUAACACUGGAGCAGCCCACUCAAGCAGCUCAAGACAAGUUUCUACAGAUCUAUCACUUGACUCCAUCAACGCCAUUUUCGCUUACCGUCAUCACCCUAAUCAAGCUCGUACAAUCUGCCUUAUUCAUCUUUGGCUGUUUCCCACCUGCUCCUGAGCUGCGCGAUGGUCUAUUAUGCGAUAUCACUGAGUCUGGUUUACAAAAAUGGAUGGCUGAAAUUGGUGAACCCGUUUACGAUCUUGAGCCAUCCGCCCGGAUCCUCGAUGAUCAGGUCGUUGCCGCUCUGCUCAGCAGCAUUACUGCCGCAAGACAAAGACUC